AUGGCUCUUGACGCGUUCCCCAACCUCCCCGCUCUAUGCAACAAGCACCCCAAACCUCCCCAGAUCCGCUUCCAAUAUGGAACAGCCGGGUUUCGUACAAUUGCAACUGUGCUUGACUCUGUUCUGUUUCGAGUCGGCGUGCUCGCGGCAUUGAGAAGCAAGAGACUUGAAGGAAGGACUAUCGGAGUUAUGGUCACCGCCUCGCACAAUCCUGAACAAGACAAUGGGGUGAAACUAGUCGAUCCACGCGGAGAAAUGCUCGACGCAUCUUGGGAGACUCAUGCAACUGUCCUUUCAAACGCAGGAACUACGGAUGAAUUCGUUCUUGAGCUAGAGAAGCUAGUUGACCGAAUGGGUAUCGAUUUGUCUAGACCCGCGCGCGUUGUCUACGGCCGCGACACACGCCCCUCAGGCCCAUCUCUUGUCUCUGCGUUGGAAGAUGGUCUAGCAGCACUUGGUGCCGAAGUCCGCGAUGCUGGAAUCACUACAACCCCCAUUCUCCACUAUCUUGUGCGUGCCAUCAACACCCUCGGCACAGAAGAAAGCUACGGGGAGGAUUCGGAGCAGGGUUACUAUCAGAAGCUAUCUGCCGCAUAUAACAAACUGGUGUCUCCACGACAAACUCCUCCUCCACUUUUGGUUGACUGUGCGAAUGGCGUAGGCGCGAUAAUCGCCGAAAGAUUUGCCGGGUAUCUCGGCGAUCGUCUGACUCUAGUGCUGGAAAAUACAGCUAUUGACACAGCCGGUGCGCUUAACAACGCAUGUGGUGCUGACUUCGUCAAAACCUCUCAGAAACUUCCCCCGUCUCUCGUUGGGCGGCUUCAGCCAGGACAACGGGGAUGCAGCUUUGACGGUGAUGCCGAUCGACUGAUGUACUUUUACCUCGACGAGCGUAGUCAAUUCCACAUGCUCGAUGGCGAUAAAAUCGCAGCACUCGUCGCAGCUUUCAUAGUCGAUCUCGUCAAAACAGCAGGUCUCGAAAGUCAAAUCAAAGUUGGUGUGGUUCAGACUGCAUAUGCUAAUGGGGCUUCAACCAAGUAUCUCAGCGAGCGGCUCCCAGUCAGAUGUGUUUCAACUGGUGUCAAGCAUCUUCAUCACGCUGCUGAAAACUUCAACGUUGGGGUUUACUUUGAGGCAAACGGUCACGGGACCGUCUUAUUCUCGCCAGCUGCACAAGAGACCUUGGCAACAUACGAACCUUCGACGCCAGCGCAAUCGACAGCUCUAGAACACCUCAGAAACCUCAACUUGCUCAUUAACCAAACGGUUGGAGAUGCACUGUCUGAUAUGCUUCUCGUUGAAGUCGUGCUGGCCCACAAAACAUAUGAUGGCUCUGAUUGGGAUUCCCUUUAUAUCGAUCUACCGAACAGACUGGUGAAGGUUGUCGUACCUGACCGUAAUCAGUUCAAGACCGAGGAUGCUGAGCGCCAACUCGUCAGUCCUCCCGGGUUGCAGGCCAAGAUUAACGAUCUCGUUCGUCGAUAUGAGGGUGGUCGUUCUUUCGUGAGACCUAGUGGAACGGAAGAUGUUGUUCGUGUCUAUGCCGAAGCAGGCAACAAAUCGAAUGCGGAUGAACUCGCAUUUCGUGUUGCCGGCCUUGUGUACGACGUCGCAGGCGGAAACCCAGCAAAUAGACCAAAGGAAUUUAUCUGA